CUUCUUCAUUGUCACCGAUUGGGUAUAUAAAGCAUAGUGUCAUUAGGGUUAAGCAUCAGUUACAGCCCGUCUGAAGACUAUAACCCGAACAACCAUGAAGUGCUUGCUCGUUCUUGUCGCCACUUUGGCCAUCGUUGCUGCCAGCCCAGACCGUGAGCGUCGUUCGAUUGGUUGGGGUUGGGGCCAUAACGGUGUAGUCCUCGGUGGAGUAUGGCCUAACGUGGCGGUCGCAGGACCUGUAGUACCUGCGGCAGCAGUUGUCGGCCCUGUUGCUGGGUCCGCGGCUGUCGUUGGGCCUGUCGCAGGCUCGGCUGCUGUCGUUGGACCAGCUGCCGGUUCUGCUGCCGUUGUUGGGCCUGCUGCUGGUGCUGCUGCUGUCGUAGGACCGGCUGCCGGACCCACAGUCGUCGCUGGUCCAUCUGGGAGUGUGGUAACUUCUGGGGCUGGUGUAAAGAUUUGGUAGAAUCCUCUGAUACUGAGUCCUACCUCGAGACUUACGACAACGGAAAAGAUCUCCCGUCAACAUGCAAGCGACUUCUCAUUCGACUGUCAUCCUCGGCGCUUCAAUCGAAGACUAAUCGGGAGAGAUUGAUCGGGAUCUUUCAAUCAGAAACGGACAUUCAAUGUUCUCCAUCGACCCGAGAGGACGCGUUCCGGAUUUGCCGAGGUCCUUCAGUAUCAUAACCUCCUUAUACCUAGCCCUACCCCCAUUACGCUUUUAUACGAUAAUAAAUGAAGCUCCACUGUA